UGAUAAGCUCGGCCUGUUUGUAGGAUGCACGAUAUCUAUCAUACUGCGAUAUCGUGCUCAGUGGAUCGCUAGUUAUCUUAAACAUCUCCCGCAACUAGUGCAGCCUUAGUUGGCCGAGCUUGCGAGGCAUUUGUUUAGAAAGGGUGUCAUUCCGUUGGAAAGUGCAAUCCCAUACCCCCCUGAGAAAUAGCGGGUGCUGCCAUUCAAACAAAACCCGGUUUGUAUGGAACUGACUCCGAACAUGCGAGUCGUUCUUAUCCUAGUCAGCAACUGUGUUCGGGGUUGAAUUGGGAGGACGAGAUAUUGGCAUUUGUAGUCACAAAAUGGCCCAAAACUUAAGUUUGGCUUUAAAAGCGUUGUGUACAUGCAUCUAAUUGAGCUUCCCCUGCUUCAUGUUUUGUAUGUAUGGGGGUCCACCAAUGGAUACGUUCUUGAGUUACUGAAAAGCGUAGGAGUUGACGUGAGAGAAUAUGAUGUACUCGCACGUCGGACUGAACCAAGAGGGUUGCUCACACUUUUUAUUUUUUUUUUCAUAUGUCGUUCAUACUUGCAAGUAAGUGGGCCAUUCAAAUAUUCAUCUAUCAAGAGGGUCAUAUAUAUAUGCCCUGACCCCAGCCCAGCUGAUGCGUGCUAUUGAGAUGGAGAUGUACCCAACCUCAAUACUAGGUCCGUUACACAAUGGCAACAACAACCAGCGACGCAGCAGCCAAAGGCAUACGCUGUCGUUAAGACAACUUGUUCAUGCCUCCUGCGGGCAAAGACAGCGCCCAGGACGAGCAGAACAGACCACAGGUUGAAUUGGUCCGCCCCCAGUGUGAAAUUCGGAUCUUGAGCUCGAGAUCCAUGCACAGACGCUGCUAGCACCUCUAUAGAUUUGC